AGCGGAGCACUAACAGCUAAUCUCUCUCUCUCUCUCUCUCUCUCUCUCAUUUGGCUCUGCAAUCUCUGCCUUCGCCACUGCUUCUCUCUCCCCAAGAAAUCGAAGAAGCGGAGAAAGCGAGGGAGAGUAAUGGCUUCCUUGUCUCAGUUUCAUGCGUCUCACUCCUUUUCCGGCCACAAAUCGAUAACCCUCCAUCGAAACCCUCGAAGAAUCGAUUCACAUUCUUCACAUUUGAUAAUCCGGGCGACUUCUUUAUCGUCGGAUAACUCUCCGGCACUAUCACAGUCACCGUCGUCUUCUGCCGCUGCAGCACCCACUGCUCUUAAGCAUCGCCGUCCGGCUGAUGAGAACAUUCGAGAAGAAGCCCGCCGUCACAACAACUGCACCCACGGCCAUGGCUUCUGCGCCAAAUACGUCCCAUUUAACGCAGAUCCUUCAUCGACGGAAUCAUAUUCCCUAGAUGAGAUCGUCUACCGUAGCCGGUCCGGUGGCCUACUCGAUGUCCAGCACGACAUGGACGCUCUCAAGAAGUUCGAUGGAAAUUACUGGAAGUCCCUCUUCGAUUCCCGAGUCGGCAAGACUACUUGGCCUUACGGCUCCGGCGUUUGGAGCAAGAAGGAGUGGGUUCUUCCUGAAAUCGAUAGUGACGACAUUGUCAGCGCUUUUGAGGGUAAUUCAAAUCUUUUCUGGGCUGAGCGUUUUGGCAAACAGUUUCUGGGCAUGGGCGAUCUCUGGGUUAAGCAUUGUGGGAUUAGCCAUACUGGGAGUUUCAAGGAUCUGGGAAUGACUGUUUUGGUUAGCCAAGUGAAUCGGUUGAGGAGGAUGAAUCGACCGGUUGUUGGUGUUGGUUGUGCUUCUACCGGAGACACUUCUGCGGCUCUCUCUGCCUAUUGCGCCGCCGCUGGGAUUCCAUCCAUUGUGUUCCUCCCUGCCAACCGGAUCUCAAUUGCCCAAUUAGUUCAACCCAUCGCGAAUGGGGCUUUUGUUCUUAGUCUUGAUACAGACUUUGAUGGAUGCAUGCAGUUGAUUCGAGAGGUUACUUCGGAGCUGCCUAUCUAUCUUGCGAACUCUUUGAACAGUCUGAGGCUUGAAGGUCAGAAGACAGCUGCCAUCGAGAUACUGCAACAAUUCGAUUGGGAAGUACCAGAUUGGGUUAUUAUUCCUGGAGGAAAUCUUGGCAAUAUCUAUGCUUUCUAUAAGGGUUUCCAUAUGUGCAAAGAAUUAGGGCUAGUUGAUAGGAUCCCAAGGCUUGUUUGUGCUCAAGCUGCGAAUGCCAAUCCGCUUUACCUUUAUUAUAAGUCAGGGUGGUCUGAUUUCAAGGCAGUGAAAGCUAAUACUACUUUUGCUUCUGCUAUACAGAUUGGAGACCCUGUAUCUAUUGAUCGAGCUGUUUAUGCUCUACAGAAUUCAAAUGGGAUUGUUGAAGAAGCAACUGAAGAGGAACUGAUGGAUGCCAUGGCACAAGCUGAUUCCACUGGGAUGUUCAUAUGUCCUCACACUGGUGUUGCUCUGUCAGCUUUGUUUAAGCUUAGGAAAAGUGGGGUUAUUGGGCCGACAGAUCGAACAGUGGUGGUCAGUACUGCUCAUGGAUUGAAAUUUACCCAAUCUAAAAUUGAUUACCACUCCAAGGAGAUUCCAGACAUGGCUUGCAGGUUUGCUAACCCUCCUGUGCAUGUUAAAGCAGAUUUCGGAUCAGUUAUGGAUGUUCUGAAGAAGUAUUUGUUGAGUAAGGAUUCAAAAAUUUAGUUCUUUUUCUGGGCACUGUAAGCUCUUGUACUCUUUUAACAUAUCUAUUUGGUUUUAGCCGUUUAGGGUAUUCCUAUUGCAAUGUUUAUCCAUUUCCUUCAUUGAUGCUUCUUUGAAGGUAUUGAAAUGGUAGUUUUUGGCAGAGGAAUACCAUUUUGUAAUGGCUUUUUGAUGUAUAAGAUUGGUAAGAAGUGUUUCAUUUUGCA